GGGUCGGGGCCAUAGAGGCAAAGGUUAUAGAGACAGAGGUCGAGGGGGUCGGGGUCGGCACCGGCAGGACCAGAGUUCAGGGGGUUUGGGGAUAUCGGGGUCGGUGGCAGCGUUGAGGCAUAGGGCUGGCAGCCCCAGCAGCUCACCCAGUGGUCACGUGGACUGAAACUGGGGUGAACAGGCUACUGGUCUUAGUGUGGAGGAACCCGAGUUUCGGAGCAGCGCUCCCAGCGGAGAGCAGGAUGUGCUUGGACACUGAGGCCCCAGGAGAUAGAGCCCGUGGGCACCUGCCUGGGACGGCCUCUGUCCCUCCCAGCUGCCUCUGCUGAACCCUGCAUCCCGAGCAGGGUUUGGACUCUGCUUGAGAUCCAGGCUUGAGGUUUUUAGGUGAAACGUGGGGCUUCCAUGUCACUGUGACAUCCCAGCCUGUGUGCCUGCAGAAAUGACCUUCAGCCCAGACGGCUGUGUGUGUGCCUGCGGCUGUGGUUACACGUCUGUGUAAUAGACAUUUUCUCAGAAAUUAGAGAAAUUUUCCUCUAAAGCCCGUUCUCUGUGGAAAACACAAAACUUCAACUGAUGUGCCUUCUAGCACUGAAAUUUGCAGUAUUAAUAACUCGAGGUAACUUUAGAGAGGCCUUGGGAGACCAGCCCUUUUAAAUUCAGAAAAAUGAUUAAAAAGUGAUGCUUAUGAGAAAUUAGUCAAAGAGUCCUGAUCUCUGUUGUUCUGCUGCCUGGAGGAAGGGAGAGGAAGUGCACAGCUUUGUAGUUCUCAUCUCUUAAAUAUGCUUCCAGGUGAUGGUAUAAUUGCCAGGUGACUCUGGGUGGAUGUUUUUAUUCUCCUGAGACAGACCUCGGUGUGAGCUGAGGAUCAGAGGGCACUGUCAUUGUACCAGCAGAGCCUGAAUUACGGGAUGCUGGACACCCUGACAGGUCCCUGUUUGUGUGUUCCCUCUACAGCCUUAUUAUUAAAAGUGUUACUGUGGAUACAAAAUUUAACUUUUGCAGUUAUUUACAAUAAUUGGUUAGGCUUGUAAUAGUAUGAAGGACAAGCUUCUUAGUAAAGUGUAUAGCUUUUGUAAAGGAAAUAAUUACUUAUGGUCGCUGCAGGUAAGGCCCACACUUCAUUAACAAAAGUAAACGAAUGAAAACAGAAGCGAUUUAGUUGCUGUCUAAACUGACUACGUAUAUCCCAGCUUUUCUAUUUUUUUUUUAUUCUGCUCUUGUUAGGAUUCUGAAUUUAUGAGGUCCAUGUGUACACACAUUUUUCUCUGCUAAAAUAUUGCUGGAGAACCUGGUGUCUGAGCUCUAGGUGUUUUUAGAGCUUGUUUCCAGUCUGUGUCCAGAUGAACAAUUCUGGAACAACAUUCUGCACACUCAUAGACCAUCAGUGACACCAUUACUCCCUCCACAACAAAAUCCAGAGUCUGCCUUGCUCUCUACAUACUGACCUCAGGCUUUCUUUUGAUUUUAUCCCUUAACACUCCCUUGACGAAUGCUUAGUGACUUCCCCUCAGACGUGCUGGGCUUACUUCAUCUUUUGAGUCUCUACCCUUCUGAUUCCAGUUCAUUUUUCAAGAUUUGCCUCGUUCGGGGGCUUCAUCAAGGGAGCCUUUCCUGACCUCCAUCCUCCUGGCCCUCUGUUGGCGUGGGUCCAUGGCAGGCUUCUGUGGCGCUGGAGAAAUGCUAAAGGCAACACCUGGCAUCAUUUUAAGCACUCUACGCAUAUUGUGCUAUUUUAAUCUCGGCAACCUUGUGAGUCUGUUGACUCUUCUGGUGCCUGUCCCUGACGCUUGGGCCGGGAGACAUGCUGAGGAAUGCUUCCUCUGGGGUUUCGACCGGCACGGCUAUUUGUCAUGGCCUCAGAAGCUGCUUGGCUACAGAGACCUGGAAGCUUGGGGAUCUCAAGAUACACCUUGACCAGUGGAGUCUGUCUGAGCCUUGCGUAACCUUGUCACGAUGUACCAGUUUAGUGGAUGAGGUCAUUCAAAUCACAGAAAAAAGUCGCCUUCACCUGCCUGUCAGAAUGCAUGGAAAUCACAAAUCUGGGGUCGUACCUGGAUAUCGAGAACAUCGUCUGGGAGCAUUGAACCCUUCCUACCCCUCCCUCUCUGUACCCCGCCUCCCGUCUGCUCCCACAUGUGGCACUAUUCUAUGUAGGAAAGCUCCAUCCCUGAGCAUUGGGACUAGACCCUGUGAGAACCCUUCCCUGGACCCCUGGCCAGAAAUGGGAUGUGGCCCAGGAAGCAGCCCAUACUGCUAGCUGGCACAUGUGACAAGGACCCCAUCCGUCCCUUGGACACUCUGUCACGGUGCCCUCUUGGGGAGGAGUCUAUCCCUCUGCAGCCAUGGUCACUGUGCCCCUUGACCCCAUUAGUGUUGUAACUGCUUCCACACCUCUCUAGUGAUCAGGAGUUACAGGGUGAGGCUUGCGGGGGCCCUGCCUGGAGCCCCUUGCAGCGAGUCCACUGUCCCUGAGUGUGGUGGCAGGUAUACUGCAGGAGGAGCAGUGUUUCCACCCCCAUGCCUGAGGUCUGCUCCAGCAGGGCGACAGUUUCCUAGGUCAGUGGCUCCAGACAAGGCCAGGCCAGCACGGUGAGGGGCUCAACCCAGAGGCCAUGACCUGAGGCUAAAUCGGAGGAGGGCCGCGUACAGACCAGGAUGGCUGUGGCCGAUCCCUCCCCUGUGUAUACCCCUCUGAGCUCACCCUUCUCAGCUAUCCAGCUAGGUGGGGAGGUGGUCCUGGCUUCUAGAAGUGCCUCACAGCUGUGGGAGGCCCGCCUCAUGCUUCCCAAGGGAAUCCCACAGCGUUUCAGCAGCUUCUGGAAGGAUCCAAGGCUACCCAACUGAAUGGGAAUCUGUGCCCUGAGAAGUUAAUUGGCUUUUGCAGCAAUCCUUACUCCCCCCUCCCUUCCUUCGUAGGAGACGAAAUAUUGGGCCAAAGGGCCAAAGGAUGCCAGGUGGGGGUCUUGGUGCCAUUCCCAGCCAGACUGUUCCUGAAGCUUCCCAGUCCAAGUGUGGGAAUUCCGUUGGUGGUUCUGACACCUGGUGGCCAUACUGGAGACUGCACCUGUGCCAGGGGCUCCCUGUGGCUUGGAUCCUUCCCUACUUUUAAUGUCAACAAUGCAAGAGAUCAUUGCCUUCGACGAGUUAAGGACGGAUUUUAAGAGCCCCAUAGACCAGUGUAACCCUGUUCACGCGAGGGAGCGGCUGAGGAACAUUGAGCGCAUCUGCUUCCUCCUGAGAAAGCUGGUGCUACCAGAAUACUGCAUCCACAGCCUCUUCUGCAUCAUGUUCCUGUGUGCUCAGGAGUGGCUCACCCUGGGGCUGAACGUCCCUCUACUUUUCUAUCACUUCUGGAGGUAUUUCCACUGCCCGGCAGAUAGCUCGGAGCUAGCCUACGACCCACCGGCGGUCAUGAAUGCCGACACGUUGAGCUACUGCCAGAAGGAGGCCUGGUGCAAGCUGGCAUUCUACUUGCUGUCCUUCUUCUACUACCUUUACUGCAUGAUCUACACACUAGUGAGCUCUUAGCUCAGACUGCGCACCAUCAGAGGCUGAGGUCACGUGCUGGUGGCUGGAGAAGGACCCAGAUGGGGCCAUGUGAGAGACACCUGUGGACUGCCAAGGUCACGGAGUGCAGGGGCCGCUGCCCAGCCCGCCCCAGGGUUGCCAUCCCUUCUGGGCCGUGGGACCUCUCCUGAGCCAGGACUGCUGAAGCAGCGGUCCCUGAGCGCACCUCACCCACAGCUCUGUGCCGUGCACACGGAGGCCCGGGACCACGCGGGAGGGGCGGCCGGAGGCUGCACGGUGCCUGCCCAGGAGUGGAAGGACCCAAGACCCAGGCCGCGUCUGGGACCCUCGGAGCCCAAGGGCGUGGCGGGCUACCCGAGCCUCUCGUGUUUCUUCUGACCCCUGGCCAUGGCCUGCGCUUCUGUGGGAGGGCCUGGGGGUGCAUGCAUUCGCCUCUGGCUCUAAAGGCCCUGACCCCGCAGGCCGUCUGCUGUGGGAGAGCCAGCUCAGGACACCAGGAGUGGGGCCUGGGGCUGUGUUGGUCAGGAGUUAUGUCCAAAGUCAAGAGGAGGUGGGAAUCCGAGGGAAAAACGAUUUUUUAAAACCCCGACAUGUUCAAAGCGUUAGUUCUUUGCCACCACAGACCGUACUCUGCUGCCAUCAAUCGCAAACCAUCACAGAAUCAAUGAAUGCAGAUCGAUUGCUCAACAUUGGCAAGGCUGCCUUGUCUCGAGGACCCCAAGCGGCCGCGAGCCCAGAAAUGCUGUGGUGCCUGCUUUGUGCCAGGCGCAUCCGGCGGUUGGGGGGUGACACGGCGGGGUGACAUGACGCUGCGCUGUUCCCUGUGUUAGCUCCACGCGAGGACACUCGCUUAGUUAGAAUUUUCCAUAUGACAUUCUCUCCUCUUCGGGUAGGAGUUGUCACAGGGGGUUGUAAAUAAUGACAAGGCUGAGAUGUUUUGUGUUUAAAUUGGGCACAAUGAUUCCCACUUCAUUCCCCAAACUUCCCUUCCUUUCUUAUGUUUGACACACACAGGCUAUUUAUACCUGUACCCAGCUCCGUCGGGGCCUGUGAGUCAGGGUGAUGGAUGGUGCUGGUAACGCCGAGUGCGCUAUGUUUAAACUGCAGUGGCAGCUCAGUGUCUCACCGACCUGGCUGCUCUCAUUUAAACCCUGUUACAGGCUGGCUUCGCCUCUGAGUGGUUGGUAAACUGGUAGCUUAGAAAAAAAAGUUUUCAAAAGGUGUUUUGCUUCUAAAAAUUGUAGAGAGAACAAAACUCCGAUUUCUGCGCUGAGGCUGAAGGUAUAAAACCGGGGGAUUCCAGGCGGUAUUUUGGGGAGCGACUUGAUCCAGGCAGUGUCCAUCGUCCUGGCUGGGUUUCUGGGGCUCUCAGCCUCGUCUCCGACCCCGUUCCCGGGAAGACCCGCUGUGGGAGCCCUUUCCCAGCCAUGCUUCUCACCCUGGAGCUGUCUUGCUUGUUUUUGUACUUUGCCUCCUUCCAGAAAGCUGUGAAGUGGCUCGUAGUAGCAGAUACAAACACAAAGAGACCAUGGGAAUGGAAGUAGGGAUUUCUGACACACUGACUGCCUGAGGUUCUGUUUACUGAGAUUGAACAUUAAAUGUUGCUUUCCCUUCGCAGUAAAUAGUAGUUCACAUUUGCCUAAAGCUUCACCUUCUACAGAUUGCUUUCACAUCUUAUUUGACCUUCCUCACCAUCCUGUGUGCUCCAUACACUUCUUUUUCCCAUUUUCCAAGUGAGGAAGCAGAGGCUCAGAGAGGGUAAGUGACUUACCUGUAGUCACGCAGCAGUCACAGAUCUGCUUUUAAACCCAGGUUGCCUGACUUCACAAACCCCAUGUCCUUUUCUUUUCUUUCUUUUUUUUUUUUUUAAGAUUUUAUUUAUUUAUUCAUCAGAGACACACAGAGAGAGGCAGAGGCACAGACAGAGGGAGAAGCAGGCUCCUUGCAGGGAGCCUGAUGUGGGACUCGAUUAUGGAUUCCAGAAUCAUGUCCUGAGCCAAAGGCAGAAGCUCAACCACUGAGCCACCCAGGCAUCCCUCCCAUGUCCUUUUCUGUCGCCUGAAAGCCAGCAAAGUAACUUAGGCUCUUGUUACAGUUCCAUUAGUCUGAACUUGAGAAAAGGAGAUCUAAAGACAUAGAGCUGUAGAUGAAGUGCCUCGUUUUCUUCUCCUUCUGUGAGAGCCUCAGACUUGCUUUGCUGUGGCAGGUUCUUCCCCCAAGGGGGUCCUCUGCAGGUGCAGGAACAUCCAAGUACCUCCCUCCUACAGGCUGUGACUAGGAACAACUCUGCUGCUCUGUCAGGAGCUGGAGCCAAUUCUCAGGUCCUGGGAGAAGUGAAUCAUGUGCAUAGAGGUGAGAAUGGUGAGCACAGCUGCUGGAGCAGUGCUGGGUGCCAGGUGGUCACCCCAGGUUAGCGAAGAGGAAGCCAGGGAAGCUUGGGGUGUGUGAGUCUGCCCCAGGGACCGAGCCAGACCAGGGCCCAGCAGUAACCACAGCUCUAAAUCAAGGUGUGGGAGGACGUCAGAGGCCCUCAGCUAGGGAGGGCGGGCAGAGCAAGGGCCAUCAUUAAAGCCCCCUUGUGACUUUCCCCACAUAAUACUGCCUGCUGGGAUAUCUUCACCUGUCCUUGUUGGUCCCACAGAAUCGACCCCAGGCAGGGAGUCAGUGGAGCCGGGGUCAGUGCCCUGGGUAAGUCCCACAGUGGCUGAUGGAUGGCUGUCCCUGCCCAGCAUGGCUCUGGGCACUUGGAAGAGAGGUCUUCAGGGGCAUAGGCAUCAGGGAAGGUGCUGGGGGGACCUGGUACCAGUUUCCUUGGAACAUCAGAGCUGUAGGCCAAAGGCACAGGGUGGAACCUGCUGGGGUCACUUACUUUUCACAUCACCAAAUGACACCCACUGCACGACUUGUUAGGUUAAAUGAGGUAAUAUUUUCAGAGAACCGAGAUGAGCUCCCUGUACAUGGUAAGUCAGGCCCUCCCUCUGUAGGAGCUGGGUCUUCCUUGCCAUCCCCACAGUGCCCUGGGUGCAUCCAAGUCCACGGCCUCUGGGGCAGGGAGGUCACCUGGACCAGCUGUCUGCCGAAUGCCUCAUCCCGUCCACAAUAUCCUGACUCCUCUUCCAGCACCGUGCUUGCCAGCCCAUGGCCACUGCCCUUGGACACUGGCCCUGGCAGGAGUCCUGUAGAGCACAUAUAUGCAUGGUCUCAGUGCCACAAUAUUGCAAAAUAGGAGCUGCCACUGGGUCCAGUUGCAGUUCAAAUAGUCCAAAUGCUGAAGCUGGUGGAAGUUACUCGGGUGACUGCUUGCCCUCCUCCUCCAUCCAAGUGAGGAGGGCAAGCAGGAGCCAUGCUGUCUGAGCUUGGGGGUCUUGUGCAGGCUUCCCGACCUUUCUUGACACUGAGCUUUCCUACCUGGAAGGUGAGGGAAAACACCUGCCCGGCUAGAGUGGUUGUGAGUCCUGUGCAGAUGGCCUGCCUCGUCCCAGGCGCUCGGCCCACGUCGGUCCUCAGGGUGGCUCCCCGCCCGCCCUUGCAGACUGAAGACAGCCUUCCUAAACAGAACCUCAGCUGCCAUCCUUCCCACUCCCAUCCUGCGGCCGGCUGUCCCCCGUGUGCGACCCGAGGACACAGCUCAGCCCUCCCGAGCAGAUCUCCCCUUUCCUUCUAUUUUUAGGCUUGGCAGUUGCACUGAUGUUGAAUGAAGUUGUGGCUGUUGAGACAGUUCUGUUCUCCCUCGAGAGAGAUGAGUAGCACCAGCAGGUGCUUGGGCAGCUGCACAGACCCCUCUCCCAACCUCCCCCAUUCCUACACGUGGGCUGCUCCAAACCAUGCGCUGGUGAGAGUGGUCCAGACCUCAGCAGAGGCUGCGGUCCCUAGGUGUUGGGGGAGGCCCCAGGACUGGGUUUUGGCUGCUCCCGUGCCCAGGAGCCAUGCAGGGUAGCAGGCCACAGCAGGCUUUGCCCCCACAUUGCUACGACCAUCUCUCUGCUGCUCAGCUCUAGCCAGGUGGCUCUGGGUGCCCUGGGAGUGUCUUCUCGUGCUGACCUUGACCUCUUGACCACCAUGUGAUGCCCACAUAUUCCUUCCUUCCCAAAUGGCGGAGUGCUAGGCUGUGGGAGCCAGUUGUUAGGUUUCUUGGGGAUCUUGCUCAACAGCUGUCCAACACAGCCUUUAUAAGAACUGGUUAUGUAAGCUUAGAACAAAAUAAAUUAUACUCAAAACAAAGGUAACGUAGAGUCAAAACUCACCACCUCAUGAUUAUGUCACUACAUUUUGCUGUAUCUGUGCUCUUGAGGUUACGUGUGUUGUCCCAACGGUGGGAUCGAGGUGUCCCCGUGUGCUUUGGUGAGCUUGAUGAUGUGCAGCUGUAGCUUGAAAUUGGCCAUGGUUGGAGUACUUGCACCACAGAAGUGAGCACAGGUGGCAGAUCCAGUCCCCUCCUCCCUUGCAUGCAGUGCUUCUUGUUGGAACUUUACUAAUUCCUGGGGUUCACACCUGGCUGUACACAGUACUCCCAGCUCUGGCACCAAAGGUGAUACUGCAGAGCCAGUGACCAAGUGGCAGGUGGGCGGCCAGUACCUCUGAAGGCAUGGGCACCACAGCACAGUGUCCAGGCCCUCAGGGCCCGACCUGCUGUCACCCAGGCAGUGACACCCAUCCUAAGUCUUGACGGGGUGGGCCUGGAUGUGACGUAAGUAGACUUCUCUGCUGAGUGGAAACAUGCUUUUGUACUUUGGCCUUGAUCCAAGUGCCCUUGAGUCACUGUGGGGGCCGCCAUCCUUCCUGUAUGGUGGGUCCCAUCUCAGGGGUCUUCUGCACCCUCCUACUGCUGGACACAUGUGUCUUGUGUGAAUGCUGGGGUGAAUGCUGACCACACUCCAUCAUGUUAUCCACCCUGUAGGGGAUCUUGGGGCUCAGGGCAUCUCAGUGAGGCCUACAGCUGUGCUUUGCACACAGAUAAGCUCAUGACCUGCAGCUCCUUCUCUGCUGGGCUCUGCAGGCUGGCGAGGGUGGAUGUCUGUUCCCGGCCAGCCCCAGCCCUGCAGCUGCUGAUCAUGCACAUCUCCUCCAGGCAAGACACUGUCCCCCCAGACCAGGCACCACAGGGGCAAAUGCACAUUGGUUGAGAGACUCACCGGCACAAGGAGGCUGACAGCCAGUGGAGAGACUUCCAAGCCACCGUGGCGUUUCUGAGCAGCAGACCCUAUCCCUUCCAGCGAUGCUUGGCAUCUCAGAGAAAUGGCAUCUCCUUUCUGGUAGGGUUACAUCUCUGAGAUGUUAGAGCAGGGCACCUGGGGAAAGUGAGAACCAAUUAAACACCAGUCCCCACAUUAAAUUAUAAUGAAGGCAUCCAUCAGGCCCCCAUUCUGGGGAUGGUCUGCAGCGAUGGAAACAGCAGAACUAGAGGUUCUCAGGGAAAUGCUGCUGGUUCGUGGCCUCACAGGACAGGUCAUCUGAUGCUGUUCUGAUUUUCCCACAGCUCCAUGGAGGGUACAUUUGAUGUCGAGGUGGCAUUCUGGGCUCCGCGGGCUGCGGAGAGCCCUGUGUGUGGAGGGGUGUCAGGUAGA